ACUGUAACGGUACAGAAAGUUUGGUGGAUUUAAGGAACUGAAUGUUGAUCUGGAAACCACAUUCCUGGCUCUAUGUGACGUUUGGAGAUAAUAACCCGACCAGGCCGGCGGCGAGAGUGAGGUGUACUGACUUUAUUGCCAUGAUUUACAAACUCAGCCCCGGUGACAGAGCAGAGGUUUUGGUCGGGGAGCGGAUCCGGAGCGGAAUGGAGCCGCUUUGCUGCUCCUCCCGGUGAAGAAUGAACUUCGGGGUCCCCGCCAACUCGCUGCUGCUGCUCCGCGCCUGCGAUGAGGGAGACUACGAGGCGGCCCGGGGGGUCCUGGAGCCCGGGGCCCCGCGGGACUGCGGCCGCCAGAGCCGGCUGGAGAGCCGGCUGGACAGCCCGGCCGAGGCGGCUCCUCUGCCGGCCCCGCCGGCCCCGCUGGUGCCGGUGGACGGCACGGACGAGGAGGGCAACACCGCCCUGCAGUUCUCCGCCGCCAGCGGCCACGACAGCCUGGUGCGCUUCCUGCUGCGGAAGGGCGCCUCGGUGGACAGCCGCAACCACUACGGCUGGACGCCGCUCAUGCAGGCGGCCAGGUUUGGUCAUCUGACCGUCGCUCAUCUCCUCCUGGAGAACGGGGCAGAGAUCAAUGCUCGGAACAGGCUUGGUGCAAGCGUCCUGAUGAUGGCAGCUCGUGGGGGGCACGUACACGUUGUGAAGCUGCUUCUUGAGAGCGGCGCCUACGUCGAUGACUACGAUCAUCUGGCUGAAGCUGCAGAAGCGUCCCCCAAUGGCAACAAUAACAACAGCUCAAUUAGCUGUGGACCUGGUGAAGGCUGUCCUGGAGGGGGGAUUGGCCGAGCUUUCAUGGACAUCACAGCCCUGAUGGUGGCGUCCCAGCACGGCCAUGAGGCCACAGUGCUCUUGCUGCUGGAGUGGGGCUCCGAUGUCAACUUUUCCCAGAAGAUCACUGGCUGGGGACCGCUGAUGGCAGCGACCCUCAGCGGAAAGGUGGCUGUGGCUCAGCAGCUGGUGGAGCGGGGAGCCGAUCCAGACCGGGUCAACGUUCUGUCCAAGACGGCCUUUGAGCUCUCCAUGCAGUUAAAACAGAGGGACAUCAAGGCCUAUCUGGACUCCAUUACUACUGUUCGCCCUCAGACAGAUGAUGAGAGGAGGAGACCAGAUGUCUUUAACGCCCUCAAACUUGGGAAUUCACAGCUGGUUAAAGAGAUCCUGGAGGAGGAUCCUACUCAGGUGAAUUCGUCCAAUCAGGAGGGAGCGUCCCCGCUCAUGAUGGCUGCGGUGAGCGGCCAGAUAGAGGUGGUGCAGCUGAUGGUGGAGAAGAACGCCGACAUCGACAAACAGGACGGCGUUCACGGCUGGACUGCUUUAAUGCAAGCCACUUAUCACGGCAACAAAGACAUUGUCAAGUACCUGCUGAGUCAAGGAGCUGACGUGAACCUCCGAGCUAAGAAUGGAUACACCGCCUUUGAUUUGGUGAUGCUGCUCAAUGACCCCGACACUGAGCUUGUACGCCUCUUAGCGGCGGUAUGUAUGCAAGUGGACAAGGACAAGACCAAACAUCGUGGGAGAACUGUAAUUACUCGCUCCAAAAGCAGACAGUCUCUCAACAAUGUCCCUCUGCCACCAGAUGACAAGGGAGGCCUGAAGUCCUGGUGGAGCAGGAUGUCAAAUCGCUUCCGGCGGCUGAAGCUGACCCACACGUUCAGGAACGGCCUUUUAACCAGUCGCCUGGCUCCAUUUCCUGAUGAUGCUGUCACUUCGCUGGAUGCUACGAUGAAGGCAAACACAAAGGCUGCUGCUGUAGCUAAUGGAGCGACACCCGCUUCCACCCCGGGAGGGAAUGACGGCAGCUCCGUCUGGGCGGUCAAAACCAAAGAUGCAGCAGGUUAUUGCAGAGCAUCCUCAGAAAAGGAGGACCCUCUAAUAACCACAAUGCUAAGAAUUGGAGCCCCGCUGACCCGACUGCCCAACGACAAGCUGAAAGCAGUGAUUCCUCCUUUCUUGCCUCCGUCCAACUUUGAGGCGUGGAACUCGGACCGCUCACGUCUGCUCCGAGAGGGGAAAAGCGAAGUCCCCCGCCUGCCGAUGCCGCCGCAAAGGAAGCUCAAUAGCAGCGGGAACUCUGAUAUUACAUCGAUCAGCCGUGUGGUUAACAGAUCCAUUAAGUUCCCCAGCAUCUCCAAAGGGCCCUCCUCCUCCUCGCCCUCUAACUCUGGCCACUACCACUCCCCCCACUCCUCCGGAGGCUCCAACGGAGUGGCAGGACUCAACCGGGACUCUCACAAUCGAUCAGGGGGCAGUGCAGACAGUGUUCUUUCCCAGAUCGCAGCCCAGAGAAAAAGAGCAGCAGGCCUGUUGGAGGUGAAGGGCCAAACUCAAGAAAAGCAGCACAGCCAGGCACAGAACCAGCCCCAGCUGCCAAACUCAGUACCCGGUCUGCCACCGCCUGAUAUCAGCCUGCCUGACAUCCCCUCCCACCCCAGCCUGGUCGCCUCGGACAUCCAUUCUAGGAGGAAGAUGGACCUAAAAAUGAGACCUCAGUCAGGAAAUUCCUCCACCUCCAAGAGCACAUCACCCACCCUAACACCUUCUCCAUCACCCACACCAAAGACUCCUGCGGGGCCGGGGGACUCUCUGUCCUCGGCCUCGUCUCACCCGCGCUCCAAGAGCAGCGGCGGCUCCAGCAGUGGAACCAUCACUGAUGAAGAUGAACUAUCUAGUAUUUUGAAGAAACUGUCCCUGGAGAAAUAUCAGCCUAUAUUUGAGGAACAAGAGGUUGACAUGGAAGCGUUUCUGACUCUAACAGAUGGAGACCUGAAGGAGCUGGGCAUCAAAACAGACGGGCCCCGACAGCAAAUCCUCGCUGCCAUAUCAGAGCUCAAUGCUGGAAAGGGGCGAGAGAGGCAGAUCCUUCAAGAGACAAUCCACAACUUCCAGUCCUCCUUUGGUAGCAGCGCCAGUAACCCAAGGCCCCCAGGACAGCCGCGCUCUCCAACAACUUGGAUGAGACACCAAGUUCGUUCCUCCAGCAAGAGGUAACCUUCAGCCCUGAUGCCCACCAGGAGCUACACAUGAGGUCCCUAAAGUAGGAGUAUAAAGUGGUGACUUGCUGCCAAGGUACCGUUAUCACGAAGUGGUCUUAACGCAAGUGUCCCAAAACACUGGAGUAAUUAGUGCCAGUGGACACCGCAGACUCUAUCGUCUUCUGGACCAAAGAGGACUGACCUGGACCAAAUCCAGCCAUCCAUCUAUUUUCUAUACCCUCUUAAUCCUGUAGAGGGCCGCAGGGUUCUGCUGGAGCCUAUCCCUGGACCAAAUCACCUUUCAUUAUUCCUCGCGGAGUCUAAAGCAUAGCUGCCAAAGUUUAAUACCCGGAUGUUUUUAUCUACUGCUCGUGCAGAAUAUGAAUUAAGAUAAAAGCUGAGAGAACUGGGAAUAUUGAAGGACAAUGGAUGACAGGGGACUGAGUUUUAACCCUGACUGUUUUUGUUUUAUCUCAAUAAAUGUGAGAGAUAAAGAUCAUGUAUAAGUCGAGAGAAAACAGAUCUAUGGAUUUUAUGUAAAACAGUAAAAAAAACAAACUGUGAUUAGGACGUACAGGGGGAUGCUCUGACGUAUAAGGUGCACUGAUGUGGGAUCUAACUGCGGAAAAAGACUGAGACGUUAACUAGAGUAUUAUUAGCCGUUUAAUCUCUUGGAUUGGUUUUAGUGGAGUUUUUAUGUUUUCAUAGACCACUAUGCACACAGAUGAUUCAAGUAAAAGCCUUUCCAUCAUGAUAAUAUAACCAUUAUUAUAAAGUAUUACGGUACUAAAUGUUUUCUUUCUGUUUAACAUCUUAAAUGAAAAUGCUUUUUUUUUUGUACAGAGAAAUAAUAAAGUUUGUCUGAAAGGGGUUUAUUGAGCAAAA